AAGUUCAAUUUUUAUGUCGGAUAGACAACACGCUUGUCUUUAAUUAGCACUAAUCGACAAAUUAUCAUCAAGGACUAGCCAGCAAGUCUCAAUUCAACCGUCUAAUAACAAACAACACUGAGUAACUGGAGUCGAAGCUGGGAAUGUCAACUAUUUAACUAGAAGCACCUGCAGUUGUCGCUACAACUUAAUUUUUUACUACAAGGAAAAAAGAAAACACGAAGAAUGGAUUUGUAAGAGCCAAGUGAUGACGUCACGCAGCACCACUCCCUGACAAGGUUCAGGCGGGAGUGUAGCACCACGUGAUUGUCAACUUGGAAAGCACUAGAGAGGGUAGGAGUCUGACGUUUGACUAGCCGGCAGCUCUGACUUUACUGUCAUUGGUCAAAAGGAAAUUCUGUGUUGCUUACGCCAGUUUUGGUACAGAAAUGAACUCGUGAUCUCAGUCUGCUUUGGCUUCUAGCAUGCGAAGGCAUAUUCUCAGAUGGAUUUUUUCAAGGUGGACGGACUUACGAGAAGAUUCAACGUUGAGUAACGGAAUAUACUUUCUACAAGUUUGAAUAUCAAGUAUGUCGUUCGGACUGGAAGUUAUCGUUUUGGGACUAAUCUUUUCUUAUUUCCAACCAUGCCAAGGUGGAAUCAAAUUCAGAGAUGGCUUCCACAAACCUAGAAUAUACGAAAAAGCGCCAGCCGGUACUUACGUUACAACUGUGUACACAUUUAACCCUGAAGGAUCUGAGGGAUCGUUACAAGAUGUAUCGUACACGUUAAUCGAAGUCCGUGACUAUGCUUACUUUCAGCUCGAUUCAUCGACUGGUAACUUAAGCACCAAAAAAACUAUCGAUAAGAAAGCGGGAGACUCUUACGAGAUAAUUAUUGUGGCAAUUCAUCAGGGCGAAACACGAUUAUUGCAGAUGGAUAUUUACGUUACAGUUUAUAACACUUUUAUACCAAAAUUCGAAAAAUCUCUUUAUCGAGCAGAAUUACACACAGAAGUAUCUGGUGGAACUUUAGUGCUUCAAGUUAAAGCUAACGACAAAGAUCCUGUUAAAUAUAAUAAAGAAAUUUAUUAUACAAUGGAAAGAAACGAAGCCAGCUCAUACUUUGCAUUAAACGAAAAUACUGGGGAUAUACUUGUACGAAAAAAAUUAAACAAAGCUCCUAAAAAACUUCUUUUUAGAGUAUUUGCCGAAGAUGGAGGAUCUCCUAAAAGAACUUCCGAAACUUUUGUAGAAAUUCUAAUCAAGACUAUAUCAGAGCCGAUAGAUGUUACGGUUGGCAAUACUACCGAGACAUCUGUAAAAAUAUGUUGGAAGCGUCCGAAUUAUGGACAGGUGAACGGAUAUCUAGUCAGGUACCAUGAAGCAAAACGGCUGGAUGCGUCACCUUCACAAGUCAAUAUAACCACCAACGCCAGUUCUGUCUGUACACUCUUAGAAAAUGUUAGUCCUUGGACAGAUUACCAAUUCCGUCUCUACGCAUGGAAUAUGAAUGAAACAGGACUGGGAAGUGAUAUCGUUCCCUUUGGCACCAGACCAAAUUUUUGUGAACGUCGAAUAGCUGUAUGUAGAAAUGGCAAAUGCCAAUCGAUCAAUCAUCAACCUGGUUAUAUAUGUCAUUGCGAAACAGGAUAUUACGGUUUCAAUUGUGACAGAUUCGAUCCUUGUUCUUUAAAUCCCUGCGAAAAUUAUGGAACUUGCAGAAACAUAUCUGACUCUAUGUACGAAUGUCAAUGCGCUAGUGGCUUCUCCGGAAACUCCUGUAAUAUUUUCAAUCCUUGUGCCAUUCGUCCCUCUCCUUGCCAGAAUAACGGAAAAUGCGAAAGCAAACAGACUCACACUUAUCAUUGCCUAUGCUCAAUGGGAUAUUAUGGUAGCAAAUGCCAAUAUUACGAUCCCUGUAUAUCUAGUCCAUGUAUAAAUGGCGUUUGCAGAAACAUUUCAGAUACUGAUUUUCAAUGUAGAUGCAAUCCUGGAUUUACAGGUAAAUUAUGCGAAACGGAUUUUAACGAAUGUUCAUUAAAUCCGUGUGAAAAUGGAGGGACAUGCACUGAUGGUGUCAAUUCCUAUAAAUGUGACUGUGUAUCUGGUUACAGAGGAAGAAGAUGCCAGCAUAUAAUUCGUUGCCCAUCAGAAGUUAUUACAUUAAAGGAUAAAGGAAAGUUUGAAUGGAAAGACACACCUCAUGGAAAAACAGCUUAUCUAGACUGUCCAUAUGGAACUAUCUCCUCUUUAAACGGCACAGGACACGCCAAAAGAAAAUGCAAAUUAUUAGAAAACAAUACAGUAGUCUGGGGAAAGAUAGAUACAGAGAAAUGUAGAGAAAAGGGAUUUAAAAUCGCAGAAGAUAUCACAGGAAAACUGCAAUUAAUGACAGAAGAUCCUAAUAACUUAAACGCAGAAAAGUUAGCUUCUACCGCAGAACAAAUUCAAAAUGUAGUCGAUUAUGCAGUAAAAGAUGAAUCGAUAGCAUUUAGCAUGUUUUCCGUCAUUAGCAACGUAAUGGCCGUCAAUCAAACUGUUCUAGAUUCAGGAGAUCAAGAUGGCACUAAUACUGGAAAGUUAGUAGAAGCAAUCGAUAAGUAUCUUUCUAAAGUCGAUCUGAAUGAAGUAGGGACUAUCACUUUCGAAACAGAAAAUGUGGCUAUUAAAGCUUCUAAAGUCGAUGAAAAAACAGAAAUUACACGAGAUUUACUUACUUUUUCUCCUUUCUAUCGAAAUAUUCGACACAAAGAUAUUAGAACUAGAAGAACUUCCGAAGGUGAAGAAAUUGAAACAAUGUUUUCCUCAAUAACUCUUUCAUCGGAAGUAAUUACAUUAGCUCAAAAACAAGCGAAAGAUGCUAUUCGUUUAAAGUUUACUGCUUUCAAAAACGACAAAUUCUUUCGUCCCAAGAGAAAUUGCCCAAAGAACUCUUGCACCGCAUCGAAAGCGUCACCUUGUACGGAUUGUGGUGUAAUACAAGCGAGCAUCAAUAAUGUCCGAGUAACUAAUUUAACUGAUCCAAUAGAAUAUUGGAUAGCGACGACUUCCUAUAAUUUACCAAUUUCAUGCGUUUAUUGGAAUAAUGAAGAAAAAGAAUGGUCGAGGGAUGGUCUUUGGUCCAACCAAACUGAUAAUUAUACGCUCUGUUUUUCUAAUCAUCUCACAGCAUUUUCAAUUCUUUUGGAUCCUGAACCAAAUACAACUAUAUCCGAAGUGCAUCGAAAAGCUCUUUCUCUUAUUUCUUAUAUCGGAUGUGGAUUAUCUGUUUUUGGAUUAUUCCUAACUAUCAUUACUUAUUCUCUGUUCAGGUGUUUGAAUAAGGAUCAUUCCGGAAAAAUCUUGCUCAAUCUCUGCAUCUCUAUGCUUUUAAUGAAUCUAUCGUUUCUAGCCAACUCUAUUCCACUUUUUCGUAAAGAAUUGUGUACAAUAUCAGCCAUAUUCAUCCAUUAUUUUGUUCUAACCACUUUAUCUUGGAUGUGCGUAGAAGCUAUAAAUAUCUACCAAUUAUUAAUUCAUGUAUUUGCAUCAGUAGAAACUCGUUUUAUGUUAAAAAGGUUCAUUGUUGCUUGGGGAAUUCCAUUUAUCAUUGUGGCCAUAACAGCAGGAAUAAAUUUAAAAUAUUACGAAAAUCCAAAUGAGUACUGUAUGUUGUCUCCAGAAAACCCAUAUGUCUAUUAUAUUUCUCUUCUUGGACCGUCUUGUCUUAUUUUAUCUGUAAAUUUAAUUGUAUUCAUUAUGGUGAGUCGAGUAUUAUUUACUCCUCGCAUGAACUCCAAACCAGGAGCAACGAAAAAGAGAGGAACUGUCACAAUUGCUCAGAUCCGUGGUGCGUUUACUGUUAUGGUGCUUUUAGGAAUAACUUGGGUAUUUGGAGCUCUAGCCGUGAAACAAGUGAAGUUAAUAUUUCAAUAUAUUUUCUGUAUUGCAAAUUCUCUUCAAGGGCUAUUGAUUUUCAUCGUCAGAUGUUUGUUAUAUCCAGAAGCUAGAUGUGCUUGGAAACAAUUAAUAUCUACUGGCACUUUAAAACGACAUCGUGGUGUUUCUCCUCCUGGAGGCUCAUGGUACGCAAAUUCAAAUUCCAGUCAAAAACAAAACGGUUGUUCAACAUCUAGUCGUCUAAACAGUAGCGAGAAUACAAACGCUAUUGUCUUCAAUACUAAUUAUUGGAAUUCGGAAAAAGAAUCAAGCAGAUCAUUGCCACUGAAGUUUCCUUGUUUGGGGACUGUCACCACUGCUAAAAACAAUGUUCAGCAAAAGGAACCAAAACGAAAAUCAAACAAUACUGGUUUAUAUGGGACUACUUAUGCCAGAAAUUCUAGAGAUCUUCCUCCUCCUCUUAAUGAUCCUACAAUUGUUUAUAUAGAUGAAGAAGAACAAGAGAAAGUAUUAGACAAUUCGCAUCCUUCCGAUGUGUAUAAAAGUCUUUUGGAGCGACCCGAUUAUUUUAGUCAAGAAUUGGAAAAAAGAAAUACUCUUCAGAGGACUGUCACUACUUUCUUAACAGGAAGGGAAGGACAGAGAGAUACACCCACUGCUUCGCUUCUUGCAGAAUCUCCCCACACAGAACAGAGUAGUGUUGCUGAAAGUCCUGCUCCCACAGAACAGAUGCCACAAACACGAAAUGAGAAGAAAAAAUUAUCAGUCAAGUCAAAAGAAUCGAAUGAAGAUAACCGAAAUGAAAUCACGACCCAAACUAGAAUGGACAGCACAGAAGAACGUACAGAACUAUAAAAACUGAAAUGAGGGAUGUAUUUCUCUCGUGAAUUAGUCCAAAGAUUGGCAGUAUUAUUCAGGUGACAUAUUCAUAAGCUGACUUUAAAUUAUAUACUCACCUACCCAUAGUCCUCUCGAAGAGGCAAUGUACAGAACAGGUGGAUAAAAAGUCCUAUUAUAUAUUUGUUAUAAUCUCGUUUAAAAAAUACUACUAAUUAGUAAAUGCAAGAAAUUCGAUGUAAAGAUUUAAUUAGAAAUUAAAUUGUUUUUAACCUUCUU